AUGUCGUUCUCCAUGACCCCAGACGGGAUUGGGUCUCGCCCACCAGCCCACCUCCAGUUAAACGGCAACGCUGCUGGUCGGUCUAAUAACACAACUCCGGGAUUGAAUAGGCCCUCCAACUCACACACUCCGGCCCAGCACCUCAACGGUACCUCAACGCCGACCUACCUAAUGCCCACCAGCCCGCCCAAGAGUCGCCGCGGAAGCAGUGACGGUAGCAGCCCUAAACUGGAGACGGCCACUGGCCAAGUGCCCAUUUGUCUUGUAAACGCUUCCAUAACGUACUGCGGAAAUAACGAGAUCUAUGCGUUUGGGGGGUUCGAUCAGGAGACGGACGAAGGUUCGUUUGAUCCCAUUGGUCUGUCACUUUAUAGCUUAAGCACGCCUGAUCUCACCACCCUGAGAUGGGGGCUGGUUGAUAACUUUGGCGACAUUCCUGGAGUUCGCAUGGGACAUACUGCAUCCCUUUACCAGGGCGACAAGCUGAUCAUUUUCGGAGGGGAGAAUGAGCACCCUGAACAUCUCUCUGAUGUCAUCGUAUUUGAUAUCAAAACAUCUACUUGGACGUCACCAGAGGUCCGUGGAAUCGCACCCAGGGGAAGGGCUCGACAUGCGUCUGUCAUCUACGAAGAUAAAUUGUUCGUGAUCGGCGGUGUAACAGGGGAAUCGAACCUUAUACUGGAUGACAUCUGUUACCUCGACCUCAAAACAUGGACAUGGUCGCGGUCAUGGAGGUUUGUGGCCCGUUUCGAUCAUGCUGCGUGGGUUUGGGGUGGCCGGCUCUGGGUGUUUGGUGGACUAGGUGCAGACAUGGAACGGUGCACCGACCUGUGGUGGUUGGAUCUUAAGGGAACCCCCACGCUUGAGAGAGUACACUCGAUAGAACAAGAGCAGACAAAAGGCAACAGCUUACAGGUUCUAGAUCAUCCAUAUUACAUUCCACCAUCCACUGGGCGGAUACCAGGCUACACACCAAACGCUGCAAACACCCAAGUUCGUUCAGCGACUCGGCGCAGGCCAACUGCUCCGGGAGCAAUCUCUUCCCUUAAAUUCCACUCAGGGCCGUAUGUACCGGCUCUACGCUCCGGCACACAUUUCCACGUCUAUGCAUCUGGUAUUCUUCUUGACUUCAUCUCGCCCUCUGAAACGGUCAAGUCCUGGGAGUGUAACCUAUCAUCCAUGGAGAUGGACUCCCUACGGUGGCAGAAGCUAGCAAGCGGACAGGAAAUAUUCCCUGCUGAGAAUCGCUGGCAAUACUGCACGGUUGAUGAAGCCGGAAGCAAGGCCUGGCUUUUUGGCUCUAGCUCUGGAAACCUGGCAGUCGGCGAAGAUAACCGUCUGGAUACGAUUCUUACUAUCGACCUUGAAAAGUAUGGCGUACUGGGUAGAGAGGCUACAGAGCAGAAUCGUAUCCUUGCAUCCGAACGACAAAACACGCUAUCCAACUUGGGUGCUGGACUUGCUUCGGUUUUUGACCAGCCCCCGGAGUCUGGGUGUGGGUCAGACUUCAUUAUCACUGCUGACGUGGACGACGCCGAAGAUUCAUACGUGCAUUCCCCAGGAGCUGAAGAUACAAUGUCCGAAUUUCUACCAGACAAUGCAGUCACAUCUCCUCCUAUACACGUACAUCGGAUCAUACUUCAUGCUCGCUGGCCUCACUUCCAGCGGCUCUAUGCUGCCAAAAUGGCCGAAUACCACACGAACAAAAUGCAUAUUCCGGAGCCAUACCGUGUCGUCAGAGCAUUUCUUUACUAUCUGUACACGGAUAGUAUAUCUGCUAAUUCUGAAGUCGGCCCCAGCGUACUUGAAGUUGCAGGCAUGCUAGUAAUGGCAAACCUAUAUGACCUGCCAAAACUUCGCCUCCUCUGCGUGAAUCGUCUUAGCCGUGAGCUCGACGUUGACAAUGCCGCCAUAAUAUGGGAACGAGCAGGCCGCACUAACGAAGACUGGCUCAAGCGCCGUGCCGCGUCCUUUUGCCUUGCGAACUGGGGCAGAAUCGUACGCAGUGAAGGGUUCCGCCUCCUAAGCAAACAGAGUAUGAUUGAUCUCUGCGAGGUGGUGGAUUCCGAGGCCCGAAUCAUGCCUGGCCAUGAGGCUGAGCUUCGUGAUAUUCUAGCUUAUGAAAGGUUCGAAACGACAAGCCCCAAGCGGCCGCGAGCGGCCCUUCCUGGAGUGUUAGAUGAUGAUCUUGAUAUUGAUGAGGAAGAUGGCAUGGAACUGUCUUGA